AUCAAUUUUUAUUUUUUCGUCAAUAAUAUCUUUUUACUAUGAAAAAUGUAUGAUUAAAUAAUAAUAAUUUAUUCGGAAUUUAUAUUUCCGCAUGCAGUGACUGAGUUUUGUUUUUAACAACUCACCUACGUAUGCAUCGAUAAGGUAAUAAUAGUGGGUUGUUUGUGAAGAGGAAAAUAUUCGAUAACAAGAAUGUACAUGUAGUUAUGUUUAAAGUACGAACUGUGCCUUGUUCGUUUAACAAAACUGUAUAUGAGAAGGAUAGAGAUUCCUUUAACUGUCGGAGUUCCAUCAAUGUCUAUCAUUGUAUCCAGAAUGAGAGGAACAGGUCAGGGGAAAUAUGUAUACAACCUGUUUGGGUCCAACCAAACUACUGUCCAGAAUACAACACUGGCGCCAACACUCUGGACACAGUCCCUUGCAAUGUGUCAAGCGGUUGUCCCGACGUACUAUAUCACUCGAAUGAAGUUUACAAGUAUCCAGUAUGCUUGAGUAAAACGUUUACUUACAGUAAAGAUGUUUCAAAAGAAAAUGACCCAUUGACACAGGAAAUCUACAUAGGAGUUGCUGUUGGUGUCUCUUUGUUCAUUAUUCUCCUUGCAGCGUGUUUAAUAUUGUAUUUUCGCAUAAGAGGACAAUACAGAAAGGGAAAUGAAGAAAUUCCUUUUGACGAUUUCAACUUAGAAAAACCAUUCUAUUAUACAUCGGCCUUUCACGAAGGAUUGAAAUUUAUAAACAAUGGUGGAAAAAUACUCUGUUUGGUAGGCCGAUGGGGGUCUGGGAAAAGGUCAACGGCUAAACAAAUAUACGUGGCUGUCACGAAUUCAAUACCGAUAAUAAUCAGCGAUCCUCUUACAUUUGACGUUACAGAACAUCAUGAACCAAUUAUCGUAGACAUGACACUUUCUAUAAAACUAUCAGAGUCAAAAAAGGAAAACCUAGCAGAGAAAACGCACAUGUUAUUUGAAAACAUGUCCUCUUCAAACACAUGUACAAAAGCUUUCAUAAUCUUUUUAAUUGAUGAAGAUCGGGAAAAUAUCGUUAAAUUUGUCAGAUCCCUUGGAAAGAAAACAAAAGUCAAAGAUCUAUCAGAGAGUUUAACAAAAGGAGAUCGGACUCAAAUCCUAUAUUCACAAUUUGAAACUUUCUGUCGGAAUGAAAACUUCAGUAAAGUUGAAAAACUGGCAGUUGGUAAAGGCAAGGACCAUUCAUUAGGAUACUCAGAAAUAUGUGCUCUUUUUAUUAGAUGUUCUUAUUUCCAAACAUUUGGUCCCGUGUUAUUUCGAAAUCGUCCUUUACAAUAUUUAAAGUCAUAUUUACAACAAAUGCACAGAUUUGCUGAAAAAGAAAAAUUUCUAAUGUUGGUGUAUAUGAGUCUAAAUCAAAUGGAGAUAAACGUUAACAACCCAGACGACAUUCUCUUUAAAAUACUGGAGUCGUGCAAUUGUGUACCAGCUAGAAAGGAGACGAAAAGCAAGAAAAAACAAAUAGAAAUUACUGGAACUGAAGUAACACUAGAAACAAGUAAUACUGAGCAUGUAUCAUCCUCAGAAAAUAAGCCGGAAAAGCGCAUUAUGAGCAGAGAGGAUAUUAUUUCCUUGAUACCUAUAGAGUUUGUAAACAAUGUACCAGGGUCGUCUGUUUACAGAUUACAACAUGACGUCAUAAAGAGAAUGACUCUUAUCGUGUUUGGAACAUAUCAUUUUGAUAAACUGCUUGAAUUGUCCAAGCCUGAAGAGUUAAAGUCAUGGGUUAAAGAAAAAGGCAUGAUCCCGGAUGUUGGACUGAGCGAAACAAAACCUGUUUUAGAAAUAAGUAAAGAAAAAUGGAGGCAACACAAGGAUGUUUUUCGUAAUGAAAUUUAAUCUAUUUUUAUGAGGAUAAAGAAUAAUAGCAUUGAAAUAGUAAAUGAAUGGUCUUCUUUUUAAAAUGUUUAGUUGUAAAACAUAGAUAUAUAUCUUUGUAUAUUGAAAGUUUCUACAUUUACGCAUCUGUUUUUUUUUUAAAUUUCACAUCUUUACUUGAGAAUAAUGUAUGCGCAUUGUGUUUUUUCAUCAGUUGACUUUUCUUUGUUUUGUUUCCAUAAAAAAAUCCUUCCGUUUAUUGAUUAGAUAUUGUCAUAGAAGCACCUAUUCUUUCAUAUAAAGAUAUUGUUUGUUCCAUUUAGAUUGUUUUGAAAAAACAUUAUAUCAACUAUACUAUCUACUCAAUACAGUUGGUCAAUUAUUUAAUUUUAUACAUACUACUGUAUUUUACGUGGAAAAGAAACUUUAGUUUAAGAACUUCUAUCUAUUCAUAUUGGCUAUUUGCAAUAAAAUUAUAUUAAUUCAACGUAUUAUGAAAGUAAAAUUAAAUAUCCAACCUUUGUAUUGUCCAGAUAAACAAAGAGUGAACUCUACCUGUGCUCCAUAAUUGUCUAAUUGCUUCAUUUGCGAGUUGCCGUUCGGUGAACACGCUGAUACAAACAAUCUUGUGUACCAGCCGUUACAAAUACAAGUAGCUCAAGUAUUAUUAGAUAUCGGUUUACGCAAGGAACGUGACCACUUUAAUUAGCUUGUCAAUAGAUUAUUAAAUAUUCUUGCAUACCUGUCACUUGUCCUCCGAUCCCGUAAUUUCUACUCCUAACUAAUAAAACCAAAUGAACACAGUUCACGGUACUUUUACUUCCCUGUUUUCUUUGCAAUAAAAGGUAGAAUUCUAUUACAAAUUGUAUCAAAUUUACGCUGAUUUUUUCCACGAGAUUCGGAAAUCGUCGGGAACAAAGUGGAAUUGGGUACAUGCGGGAAAACAUGAUAUAAUACAUAUACAAUUAAUUCGUACCAUGAUUAAUUCGAUAGUUGUUAAGUCGCACUUGAACAUAUUCGGAUAUUAUUUGUAAAAUUGUUUUAAGACUCAUACUCUUCUUUUUUGUAUCAUUUCUACCUGUUGAAGAAUUAAGAAAUCUGCUUAUUAUAGGAACUUUACUUUCAUCAUGGCCGGAAGAACUACUCGUUGCUUUUUAAUGCAAUAUGCUUUUUUUUACAUUCUACUUCCCGUUCGGUUCAAGUCUACAAAAGUAUUCAAUCAAUUUCAACGAGUUUAUGUGAAGGGACAAUGCCAUAAAGCUUGUGAAAUUUCAAAAAUGAGCUCGGUUUCUUUUUAACGGAACGUUAUUUUAUAAUUUAAAAAGGGGAUUUUGUUCAGGGUGACACUUGAAAUUUUCUAGGUGUAAACAGUCUCGUUUGAAGUCAUCUUUUCGUAAGUUUUAUGGUCGAUAAAACGACCUAGUCAGCAAAUACAAUCUUCCACUGGGUCGCACGCUGACUGACGUUUUUCAUACUAAUUGUUAGACCAUAAUUAAUCACCUGACUGUAUAUGGACUUUUCUUGUUUCCCCCCGAUUACGACAAAGAGCACACGGCGGGUGUGACAGAGGAUGCUCACUCCUCCGAGGCACCUAAUAAUACCUUAUCUUUUUGGAGGUUCAUGUUGUCCUGCUUUGAAUUUUUAUUUCGUUUUAUGGAUUGUUGAGAUGGUUGACGGUUUGUUAUUGCCAGUUUUUCAUCAAUGUUUUAAAGUGUAUUUCAAACUGUUCGUUUUUUGAAUUAAAUUCCCUUCCUUUAAAUAUUUAACCCUCCAUACGAUACACCGUGUAUAGUAUGGACGUGUUAUAUAAUAUAAUUAUAUAGGACUAUAUGUCAGAUGUCCCCUCUUUAGUCGCAGGCUCAUUACAUGUGAUGUAUAUCAUCGUUCAUAUCUAAUAGGGUCUGAUUGUAUAUAAGACAAAUAUGUACCGGUGGAUGAUAUACAUGAAGCGCUUUAAGUCUGAUGCUGAGGGUUUAAAGAGUGUAGAAAGGAAAAGGAGUACGUUGAUUUAAUUGGACCAGAUAUUUACCAAUAUUUUAGGAGGAAAAGCGUUGAAACAUCAGGUAAUACCAAUCUGUAAAUAAAUAUAAUUCAUUAAAGAAUAUACAGCUUUAAAAAAACGAAAGAAUGUUUUGUUUGUUACUUUCGAAACAUCUUUUCAAUUUCUAUUUGACUGCUUGCUUAUGUCAGGGUUCAUGAGAAAGACUCUCGCGAAUCAGGCUAAAAUUAUCACAACUGUCACAAAGGAGACUCUUUAAUUUAUGAAUUUAAAAGUUAAAUGUAUAAAAUAACCCUUUCAUCGCAUGUAGCUGUCUCUCGUAUAUUUGUAGAUAUGAUAUCUAGGCAACCCGUUAUAUCUUAAACUUCCUAAUAUGUACUUUAUGAUACCAGUGAACUUUAUAUAAGUAUGUGAAGAUCAGAGUACACAUCGGCCUUAAGUUUGGAUUGGCCAAGUACAUGUAUGUCUGUACUGAACAAUGCAAUCUAUCAGAAAAUUAAAGAUUACAUAAUUAUUUUUCUUCUGUGAUUGCAUUACAUUUUUCUUUCAAAUAGAAGUUUCGCGUUACAAAAAUAUGUAAGUUAUUACUUAUCAUAACUUCACCAAACAUUUGGACCUACUUACGGACUUGAAUGUUGAAUCUAGGUCAUGAAUUUCAGAUGCAGGAGAAGGUUAAGGUUUUUGGAACAGGUUAAAGUUUUUAGUGGAGGUGCCCCUUAAUAGCAAUUUCUAAGUUACUACUGAUCCUAACUUCACCAAACUUGCAGGGAUUGCGUCCUGUGAUACUGAUGCACCUGCCAGGCUUGAAUGCUGAAACUGAGCCAUAGGUUUUGGAUGCUUGAGGAGGUUAUUAUAAUAAGGUUUUUAGAACUGGUUAAAGUUUUUGGAGCAAGUGCCCCUUGAUCGUCUUAUGAUACUGAUGCACCCGACAGUCUUGAAUGCUAAAUCUGAGCCAUAGGUUUUGGAAGCUUCAGGAGGUUAAAGUUUUUAGAGCUGGUUAAAGUUUUUGAAGCAGGUGCCCUCUGAUGAUUAUAAUUUUAGUUAUAACUGGUUCUAACUUCAUAAAAUUUGUAUGAUUGAUGCAUCUUAUGAUACUGAUGCACCUGACAGGCAUAAAUGCUGAAUAUGUUUCGGAUGCUGGAUGAGGUUAAGGUUUUUGGAACAUGUCACAUGUUUAAUAAAUAAUAGUACUAUUUCAAACUUGCAUAAUUGAUUUAACUAUAUAAAUGAA